CUUUCGAACCAGAGACCUCAGUGUGGAUGACGUAUUUCCUGUGUCGCGCUGCAUUUCCGUUUCCCUGAGCCCAGUGACAUUGAAGGAGAGCGGUCAGCGAGCUCGAGGCAAAAUGUCUGAAGAUAUCCGUCAGAAGAUUGAAAACUUCAAGACUGCUCCCUUUGAUGCUCGUUUUCCCAACCAGAAUCAGACCAAACACUGCUACCAGAACUACCUGGAUUAUCAUCGCUGUAAUAAGUCUCUGACCUCCAAAGGAAAGGACUCCUAUCCCUGCGAAUAUUAUAAACGUGUUUAUAAAACAAUGUGUCUCAACUCAUGGGUGGAAAGAUGGGACGAGCAGGUAGAGGCUGGCACAUUCGCAGGCAAAAUCUAAGUGACUCCAUGCUCCCUUCAGUAAUGACCUAACUGUACCUGGUAAUACUGAAGACUCCUCAAUUCCUGAAUACAAUGUCUGCUCCAGGAAGUUCUUUUGCUUGUUUUCCAUGUGAAACGAGGUGUAUCUGUUCUGAGAUGGGACAUUCAGAUAAUAUUCCUUUAUAUGUCAAUAAAGACUCUUGAACAAUU